CGUUGGCAAAAAUUUCUGUAGGGUAGAUACAAGUCCCUGGUCAAAUCACUAACGUAUACAUAUCUGUACAAGAAUUUUCUACCUGUCCUUAGUAUAAAGAAUUCGGCUUUAGACAUAGUCAUAGCCUUUCUAAUCUUACCACUGCUGACUUGUUCGACAUAUUGUACUGUUUAUUCCUUGUGCAUUUUGUGUUUGCUUUAUUUCUCCGACUCGAUAAUAACAAAGGUAAUAUUGGCCACUAGACCGAUACAUGUUAUUUGUAAACUUAAACCUGCGGCAGUCUAAGUAUUCUGUUAUUUUUUAUUAUUUUCCUUCUCAGGCAAUCGGUUGUAAUUUUUAUGACCACUUGUGACAGUGUCAUUUCCAAGAGACUCGUAUUGGAGACGUAAAUGUCCAACGAACUUUCAGUGUGUACCCUCUUUAGUAAACACGAGGCGACCUCAGAACUAUCCCACUAGGACUACGUCAAGAUCUUAUGAGCACUGCGUAUUAAUGAUGUCACUACACAGGCAGUGGGUACGCUCUUUAGUGGACGCGACGCGACCUCAGAACUGUCGUACUAGGAGUGCAUGAAGAUCCAAUGAAAAUCUAACUGUACAUGAGCAGUCUAACUGUAAUUUUAAACUGCCCCAGCAUAGUUAUCGAUUAACAAAAUCUUACAACUAAACAGAUCAUAUGUAUUCGCAGUGUCCGCAGUGCAUAGCAGAUCAAACAUGGCUACGAAAUAACAAUAAUAAGAAUACACAAGGCGAGAAUUUGCAUAUCUCCGACAACACCAAACAGCAGGUGACUUCACACUAUAAAGAGCGUCCAGACUGCUGCACAGUUAUGAAUACCACACAGGAACCGUUGAUUGAACAAUAUGAUUUUCAGUAUGGUAUAGUAGGAGCGGGAGUUGUAAACACUUUGACUGAAGAAUUGGAAGCUAAUCAAAUAAUAUACUCUGAUGAAACAAAUGAGCUCUUAAGUCUGUAUGAGGAUUAUGUAAGGGAGAAACAGUCGACUAUAGAACCCACAGUUGUACAAGGAGUGACCAUCGUUGAAACUACUAAACAUUCAAAACCUGAUUCUGAACGAGUUCUGUAUAAUGAUGUGGAGCAUAAUGUCUUUGAAUCUGAGCACCAGAAAAGAAGAAUAUCAUGUGAUAAAGUUCAUUCAUGUGAGGUAUGCAGUAAGACAUUCAAGUUCUACAGUACACUAGAAUGCCAUAUGUCAGUUUACACUGAACAGAAAAUAUAUUCGUCUAAUAAAAAGCCAUACAGUUGUGGUGUAUGUAGUAAAUGUUUUAACCAAAACUCAAUAUUGCAAAGGCAUUUGUCGAUACACACUGGUGAGAAGCCAUAUAGUUGUGAUGUAUGUAAUAAAUGUUUUAAUAGAAAAUCAUCAUUGCAACGGCAUUUGAUUAUACAUACUGGUGAUAAGCGAUAUAGUUGUGAUGUAUGUAGUAAAUGUUUUAACAUAAAAUCAAAUUGGCACCGGCAUUUGUCAACACAUAGUGCUAAGAAGCUAUAUAGUUGUGAUGUAUGUAGUAGAUGUUUUAGUGAUAUAUCAACAUUGCAACGGCAUUUGUCGAUGCAUACUGGUGUAAAGGCAUAUAGUUGUGAUGUAUGUAAUAAAUAUUUUAAUAGGAAAUCAACAUUGCAAGAUCAUUUGUCGAUGCAUACUGGUGUAAAGCAAUAUAGUUGUGAUGUAUGUAAUAAAUGUUAUAAUACAAAAUCAAUAUUGAAACAGCAUUUGUUGAUACAUACUGAUGAGAAGCCAUAUAGUUGUGAUAUAUGUAAUAAAUGUUUUAAUAGAAAGAUAACAUUGCAACAGCAUUUGAUUAUACAUUCUGGUAAUAAGUGA